AUGGUUUGUUCUAAAAAAAUCUUGUCUUUAUUAGCAGGCUGCGCCGUUGUUAUGGGUGAUUCAGCUCCCGUUGUCACUGAUUCACCAGAAGGUGCAAAAUAUAUUGCUAAGUUCGACAAUAAGCUUCAAGGUUCUGUUGAAUUCUCGUCAACUUCGAACGGUUCCGUUUCUGUCAACGUUGACUUAGAUGGCUUUCCUACCUCUGGUGGGCCAUUUUCGUACCACGUCCACGAGGCACCAGUCCCAAGCGAUGGGAACUGUACCGGUACUAAGCUUCAUUUAGAUCCUUACAACGGUAAUGAAAAUGCUACAGAACCUAGUGAAUUAGAAGUCGGUGACUUAUCUGGUAGACACGGUAAAGUCGAAGGCACCUCGAUUGAUAAAUCGUUUGUCGACCAAUAUAUAUCUCUUAACGAAGAUAACAAGGCUUUUAUUGGUGGUUUAUCGGUGACUAUUCACUACAAGAACACUACUAGAUUAGCGUGUGCCAAUAUUACCCAAGAAUCUUCCGCCACAUCUACUCCUGUUGCUACUGCUUCUGAGAAUGGUGCUAACGUGAUGACCGGUAUGGGCGGUAUCGCAGCUGCAGCUGCAGUUGCUUUAGGCUUGUUAAUUUAA